GAUCACGAGCCGCGAGCUCUUGGGAGUUGCUGCCUCAGUUGAGUAGUGUUCAAUAAAUCUGCUGAGGCCGCCGAUGUCAAGGGCAUUGGCGCUGCCAACUGUUUGUUUUCUCCUCGCAAAGAGCAGGCUUGCAGUGGCUGUUCCAGAAGCCAAACACCUGAACAGAGCUAGCAUAGGCGAACCUCAAUACUAGAUGGAACUACUCCAUUAAGUUCAAGGCCGGUAUUCCCAUGAGUCAGUCAACCCAUUUUGUUCUUGUCGUCCAUGUCUUGAAGACAUAGAGCCACAUAUGCAACUAUUUUGCACGGGCAAUCGGCAAUCCAACGCAGAAGAGUGCAAGGGCAUGUUCCUAUGUAAUGGAUUAAUGGAUGCACUCCUGGUUUGAGAGAGAUGACCAGACCAGCAUCACUAUCCAUCACGAUAAUGCCUCACAUCGCUUGGAUUGGCCUCAAAGUGUCUGUGUUUCUUUAUGCCAAGCUUGAAGGGAGGUUUUAUGCGAACUUGGUGGUGCAUAUGGUACUUUGCCCAUCUGAAACAAACGCUGUUUUAUGAAGCGGAGAUACUUUCAACGAUUUUCAAUCCAUGGUGGGAUGUGUUUGCAGUUGAGUUCUUUUUUCUUUGUUGGGGUACGGGUGAGCUGAGAAGGGACUGCAGUGAUGCUUGGGAACUGGUCCUUCAGUCACCUGUGUAUUUCGAUGGAAAGGACAGUGAUCAUGCGGGGUGCCAGUGCCACCAUGGCAAGUGGGAUGGCCUGCUUGAGGCCUUUGUGGCGGGAGGAUGGGGCAUAUUGGCCGCAGGAGCUCACAAAGUCUUUGCUGAAGCUGAGGACCAACCAGAGCCCUGUGGCGGCCGCGCGCGCGUUGCUGACGGAGACCCGAGCGGCCAGGGUCACCUGCAAUCUGCUCCACUACAAUGCUAGCAUCAGUGUUUGUGAACGCAGCAGCUGUUGGCAGGAUGCGGUGGACUUCUUCAGGGAGAUGCAGUCACAUCAAAUUCAACAGGACACCAUCUCUUACAACACGACCAUGAGCUCCUUAUCACGAGCACGUUUGUGGCGGAGAGCGUUGCUGCUCUUUGAGCAGAUGCCAAGGACAAAGGUCAAAACGGACUUUAUCACUUACAGCUCAUGUAUCCGUGCCUGUGAGCAAGGCAGCCAUUGGACCUUGGCGCUGAGAUUCCUUGAGUGCAUGGAGGCCCGGAACGAAAUUGCGUACAGCACGGCUAUCAGCGCGUGUGGCAAAGCCGCUGCUUGGCGAGCCGCCGUAGACCUUCUGGGUACCAUGGAGGCGGAUGGCUUGACGGGCGAUGUGGUGAUCUUCAAUGCAGCAGUCAGUGCUUGUGAGCGUGGGUCAAGUUGGCAGGAGUCGUUGGUGCUGCUGGACAUGAUGAGCGCCAGAUCCAUCCAGAAGGAUGUGGUGAGCUACGGGGCGUUUCUGACUUCGCUUGAGAGGGGUGAGCUGUGGUCGGAGGCCCUCAGCAUCCUGCAGGCGAUGAAGAAGGAAAGAGUUGCACCCAACGUGGUAAGCCAGGGGGCGGUGAUGAGCGCGUGCGUGAAAGGCUCCCAAUGGCCCCUUGCACUCAACUUGCUUCAGGGCUUGACCCUUCAACGGCUGCAGCCAAGCUUGGUGUGCUACAACACAGCCCUGUUGGCCUGUGGGCGCGGGAACCGCUGGCAAGAGAUGCUGAACCUGAUGGAGGCGAUGUUUGGAGAAGCCGUGAACCUGGAUGACUAUGCCCAAGCUGCUUUGUUGAGCGAGUGCGAGGAGCGGCAGAGCAGCCUGCGGGCCGCUGAGGCAGAACUCCUGCACCGGGUUGUUCGGCAGUUGGGCUACCUGCCAGCUCCAUUGGCAGCACCAAAGUCCCUCUCUGAAUAGUGCAAGUGCUUCACCGCAACUUGUGUGGACCAAGCUGUUUGGCCAGGGGUUCCUCAGGUCCCUUUGGUCACUCGACAAAAGUGCUCUUGGCCUCAUGAAGUGUGGGCUUCUGCGCUCUUUUGGGAUCGGCGCCCCAAAGGGGCCAUCCUGACAUCCACUCCGCCUAAGA